UGUUCGCGGCGUAGGUGCUGUUGGCUGUGAAGUUUCCGGCUGUCUGAGAACAUGUCUGGGCUGAAGUUUCAAGACCACUGAAGAUCGUCAGAAGUAGAAGAAGGUGAAGAAGAACAGAGGGGAUAUUCAUGGAGGUCCUGAUUGAUUAAGGAAGAUGACCUCCGUAAUGUUCUAUGAGCAAAAGUUGGUUACAGUAAAAUUGGAUAGUUGCUAGCUUACCUAGCUACUUGAUAAAUGUGCUCACUCGGAAGGUUUCAGAGGUUGAAUCGACCCCACAAAGGGCAAUUCCAUAAAUUUUGUCCGCGUCGCGGCCGUCAGUGGGGUUCGUGAAUAAGCCGUAGCUUGAGGUAAUGUUGUAGGACAGUUUAGAGAGGAGGAGAGCUCUGUUCGCGGCUUAGGUGUUGUUCGCUGUGAAGUUUCCGGCGGUCUGAGAACAUGUUUGAGCGGCAGCUUUGAGACCUUGAAGAUCAUCGCAAGAAGGAGGAAAGCAGAAAAGAUAUGCAUGGAGGAUGAUUGAUUAAGGAAGAUGAAAGGAAUUAUGUUUAUAAGAUAAUCAGUGAAUAAAUACUCCGUGACAAAGUGAUCUAUUAGCUAAACUUGGUUACACUAGAAUUGGGCACUUGCUAGCUACUUGGGUAUAAGUGCUCAGCAGCCGGGGGCACAGGUUUGCGUAGGAGGAGGAGCAGCAACAGCGUAAAAAACUACAAAGAAAUACAUAUACACUAUUUGGGGUAAAUAUAACGAGGAGAAUAAAAUGGGGGGCCCAUUGGCCCCCACUGGGUCCGCCGCUGGUGCUCAGAAUGCAUAUUUGAUGGUGGAUGAAGAUGGGAUUGGAAACGAUGGCGCAUUGGACGAUUCCUACCUGCGACGGAAGACAGAGUUCGGAAAUGGAAGAAACGAAGAAGCUCUAAACGUCGGAAAUGGUGGACCUGUGAACGAACAAGAUGGAGCUGCGACGGAGGACGGAAAUGGUGGAUUUUUGAAUGAAGAAGAUGGAGCUCCUGACAAAGUUGGGGAUGAAGACUUAGGUGCGACGGGUGGUAGAGCUGCGACACAAGGUGGCAACGAAGUUCUGAUCUUUGACGGCUGGGAUGAUGACAUCUUUGACGGGGAAGGAAUUAGCAGGGGGAAGACGACCGCGGAUGGCAGAGGUAUUUCCUUUGACACACACAGACAGCUUACAUACUCAGUACUAGUGUCGGUGUGUACCGACAACUAAUGUAUCUAUCUAUGAGUUAAUGUAUACCUACAAAUAUGAAUUAAUGUAUGUAUGAAUGUUGUUAAUGUAUACCUACAAACAUGUAUUUGAUGUAUGAAUGUUGUUAAUGUAUACCUAUAAAAAUUGAUUUUAUCAAUGAAUGUUGUUAAUAUAUACCCU